UUGCUUUCUGAGGGAGAUCUGAUCUCCAGUCAUACUUAUCAGAAUCUAGAGUGCACAUCCCUUGAAUUUAAUGCUGGAACUGAGCACCGGAGACUGGAUGGAAGGACUUUGAGACAAUCACAAGACCAGCACUUUUAAUAUGUUCAUUGCUUGCACCUGUUGUUCUUCUGCUUUCGUUCUUGUGCCCUCCAGCUCACGGUUGGAACGGUCCUGCCUUUGACGCAAUGGUCGAGCUGACUUCUUCUACCUGGAAUGCUUGGCAGUGAUGUGCUCUUUCUUUCCAACAUUCUGCUGUUUGCAUCCUCGUGCCAAGAUACCCACGAUGCCAUAGAGUGUGGAGCAUGGGCUGAUGCCGGGGAAUGUGAAGUAAAUCCAGGCUUCAUGAAGGUGAACUGCGCCCAGAGUUGCAACUCGUGUGACUGGUCUAGUAAGAAGUGCUCACGCCAUGGAUUGUCGGCCUUACCACCGGGUGAAACCAUUUCCACAUUGUUCCGACGAGCGAAGAUCUAUGCGAGCGACGUGUUGUACGAAGAUCCAUGGAUCUUGGCCUUUGAACACUUCCUGACAGCGGAGGAAAUCGCUGCUUUCAAACGCCACAGUACAAAUUUGGUGCGUUCUCUGGCUGGCCAAGAGGAAAGUGAUGAUCGAACCUCCAUGCAGAUGUGGUGCGUGACAGAUCCUUGCCUCAGUGAUCCUUUGAUCGAGAAAGUGCACCAGCGAGUGGUAAACAUCACGGGGAUCCCCAAAGAGCAUGCAGAGUAUUUCCAGAUUGUCCAAUAUGAGCCGGGCCAGUUCUAUCGGCCACAUCAAGACCAAAACAGCAAAGCCGAUUCUUUGGUUGGCGUACGGCUCUCAACAUUCUUUCUCUACUUGCAAACUCCAGAAGCAGGUGGCGCCACCUAUUUCCCGAAGCUCGGAGUGAAGGUGUGAAAAAUGUCAGCUGGUUGUGUCAAGUGCUCGAAGAAUUAUUUGUUUAUAUACAGUUUGCUAAACGUAUGGUGGGUAAUCCAUUUUGGGGGUUGAUAUGAGACCUCCUUUGAAAGUCGAAGGUGCAAGCAGAAGCGGGACUUGCUUUGUGGUGGCCCAACGUACGAGAUGAUUUGAGCACUGACGAACGUACAGAGCAUGAGGCACAAAGUGUACAUGAGGGGACUAAGCUGACUGCAAACCUUUGGCUGCAUGAGUAUGAUUUUCGAACACCUUUUACUUUUGGAUGCAACCUGGAUGAAGUGGGAGCAUCGAUACAGUCAGAUGAAUUGUAGCUGUUGUUUUGCAUCGUGACUGACCUUGACAAGCUCCAACGGUUGGCAAAACAGCAUAACCAUGCAUAACCUGAUGGCUCUCUUGGACGACUCUGGUCCGACUGUGUUUUUUUGCAACUUGGAAAUGUUCAGGGUCAUCAAGGCAUAAACCGCCGAUGCAACCUUCUUCGAGCAGGAUCGGAGCUCCAACCACUGGUGGAUGCGUGCGGAUAUGUGCGAUGAUUGCUCAUUUGGCUAUUCUAGGUGUAGACUCCAAAUGACUGCACGAGGGUUGGGCUCACACUUCAUCAUUGUUUAAUUGUUUAUAUAUAUAUAUAUAUAUUGAUCUGCAAGGGGCGGUGGGCGGCAAACUUUUUUGUCAGUCAGAGAUGUCACAUCAACUAUUGUACAAAUUGGGUGCGAAUUUCAGGAGCAUCCAAUCGCACUUUGGUAGUUCAAGUGAAUAUGGAGCCAUGUAGCUCCUAGAUCUGGCUGCAGCAUCAAGGCAGCUAAAAGAGAGUUCGCUGCUGGUUGGGCGUCGUGUGGUCCGCUCUUGGUGAUAUUUUUGGGCUAGAAACCUGCUCAUGGAACGUGUGACGUGCAUACUGCUGCCGAAUCUUUCCUCGCUCUCGGGUCAUCUCUGGCAUAAGUGCAGAAUCCAGCACAACUGACAUCUCGGCUCAAUGUAGCGUUGUAGCUUUCAG